AUGACUGGAGCAAAUUCGGGCUCAACAUGCGCAACCGCAGGCGCAAGGACACGCUUCACGGUGGCACCUGCUGCAAGGGGCGCAGAGCCGUCUGUGACGCGGUCUGGCGGGGGCGGCGGUGACGGGGGCGUUGACGGCGGGGGCGGCGGCGGCGGCGGCGGCGGCGGCGGCGGGCAGCGGGUCACUGUGCCCUGGCGGCGCGCCCGGGACGCCCGCCAGCGGACCUCGCCCCGCCACGCCGCGGCCGCCGCCGCCGCCGCCCCCGCCCCCGCCCCCGCCGCCGCUGCCCGGGCAGGGCAGACGCAGACGGCGACGCCGACGCCGGCGGUGCGAGGCGGGCGAGACGCCGGGCCGGCGGCGCCGCAGCUCGGCGCGCCAUUGGCCGGCGCCGGUCACGUGGCCGGCGGCGGGCGGGCCGCCUGGUGGGGGCGGGCCCGCGGUUCGAGACUCAGUGCAAAGUGGCGCGCCGCCGGAACAUGCCCUAGUGAUCGCCACGGCCACCCUGGCAGCGAACCCGAGACGUCCACUCCGGGCGCCAAUGACUUCCGCAUAGCAACACAUGUACAUCAACAGUUGUCAGAAUCUCAUUUCGAUAGCAACGCUAGUACUACAGCCGUCUUCGUGAGUGUGGCACGGAAUCGUGGCGGCUACGACGGUAAACAUAGGAUAGUGGGCGGGAGGCGCGGGCGCGGGCGCGGGAUUCCUGACAACAAUGCCAGCACAGAGCAGCGAGCGUGCUGGCGGGGCGCCAGCGGCGCGCCGGCAAGAAUGUGUCACGUGCGGCGCGGGGCGGCGGGCGGGGGGGCGAUGGAAGAAUUGGUUGACUACUCUAAUUACAAAAUGAACUAUGCAUUAUAUUUGCAAGAGGGUAAAGUAUAUUAUGAAAAGUGCACUACUGGACCCGCUCUCAGGUCCGACACGACCCAUCACGCAGACCUCGCGCUCGCUUUUUCCCGCAGCUCGCCGCCUGGUCUGACAGUCGACGCGUAA